AUGAGACUUACAAGACAGAUAGUUUCAUAUACAUCCAGUCAGGAAACGGUUUGGCUUGGUGCAGCCGAAUAUCGUCGACAUCUUCAGAGUCAAUAUCAAUCUUCCGGUUCACUUACACCAUCAACACCUCGUGCCUGUGAUACAUCAUUAAACGGAAGCCAUCUAUCGAUGAGCAGUUGGUCACCUUGCUCAACUCGUUCAAUAUCACCUGGUGGUUCACCACUUCAUUUACGCGGUUCUUGGGCAUAUGAUAUUGUUUAUUUGCCGCCAAGUUUGGAACGAUCAAUUAAAAUUCAAAAAGGAGCACUUUCACUUGGUGUAGUUUUAAAUGCGGAAAUUGAUAAAGGUAUCAAUGGUUGUCAGGUGAAAAGUAUUUGUAGCAAAAAAGCUGUGGGACGCGAUGGGAGAGUUCAGGUGAAUGAUUAUAUUGUGAAAGUAAAUAUGGAAAGUUUACGAAAUGUUACGAAUUCGCAAGCACGUGCUAUUUUGAAACGAACUAAUCUGAUUGGUACACAGUGCAACAUAACUUAUAUCACUGCUUCCGAUGCAAAAAUUUGGAAAGAAAAGUAUCAUCAUGAAACAGAUUAUCAGUUACCCGUAGUAAAUAGACUUUCACCAAAAAUUUUUCCGAAAUUCUAUCGCAGUUCAUAUCAUGAUGGAAAAAUGGAACAACAAGGUUCAUUUGAUAGUGUUAUGCUCAUUUCCGAAAUUUCUGCAUCAUCUGAAGUUCCAUCAUUGGCUAAAAAGCGAUCAGAUAGUAUUCCAGUUAAUGAGAAAUCGACCGAACAGUUUGUUUACAAUUUUGUUCAAGUAAUAUUUAUUGGCUUUUUGAUAUUUAAUUUGUUUUAA